AUGGUCGUCGGCCUCGGCACAGGCUCCACCGCGUACUUCGCCGUCGAGCGCCUCGGCGAGAAGCUCAAGUCCGGCGAGCUGAAGGACAUCAUCGCGAUCCCCACCUCCGAGCGCACCAGGGAGCAGGCCGAGUCCCUUGGCAUCCCCCUCUGCACCCUCAACGAGAAGUCCGUGCUCGAUGUCGCCAUCGACGGCGCCGACGAGGUCGAUCCCGACCUCGCUCUCGUCAAGGGUGGCGGUGGUGCCCUCCUCCGCGAGAAGAUGGUCGAGGUCAUGGCGAAGAAGUUCGUGGUCAUUGUCGACGAGUCUAAGCUGUGCAAGGGCCUCGGCCCCGGCUUCCCCCUCCCCGUGGAGAUCACUCCGUUCUGCCACAUGCACACCCUCCGCACCAUCGCCGCGCUCCCCUCCGUCGCGGGCUGCGAGGCCGUCCUCCGCAUGGGCUCCUCCUCCACCAACAAGCCCGACGGCGAUAACAUCGCGGUCACCGACAACGGCAACUACAUCGUCGACCUCCACUUCAAGGAGCCCAUCAAGGACGUCAACAAGGCGGCCGAGGAGCUCAAGAACACCGUCGGCGUCGUGGAUCACGGCCUGUUUGUCGGCAUGUCCUACCAGGUCAUCGUCGCGGGCAAGGACGGCAUCAAGGUCGCGGGCACCGACGGCGAGCCCGCCUGGUGGUAA